CCUCUUCACUGAAUUCUGCAUGAAAUAAAAGAAAGCAGAAAAGAGAGGAAGAGGAAAGGGAAAAGGAAGCAAAACAUAUUUUAAUUUCUAAAGGAUAUAUACAUGCAGCUUUUCAUUCCAGCUGCUUGCCUAAAAUAUGAUACAAGGCUUCUGGACAAUCUUUCUGCCAAUCCUCUUAGUUAUCUUGUACAAAGGAGUUUCUAAACUUAAGCGAAAAAACAGGCCUUACGAACCUUUGGCUAAGUCUAGCAAAAGUAGUCGAAUUUCAGAGAAUUCAGGUCUCAAAGAUGGAUCCCUCUGCCAGCAUCUAUCAAGCAAUUCCACCAAUUUGGGAUGAGUGUCACUUGGAAUAACAGGUCUUAGUUCCUGACAUUCACAUAAUAAAAUGUAAGUCACUCUAGGUAGUCACAGAAAAAAUUUUUAAAGUCUGGAAAUCAAGUGGAGUAUACUUGCAUUGCAUAUUGAUAUUAAGUACAAAUCUAGUUAUUUAGAAAUAUAAAUAUACAAGUCUGCUUGUUAAGAGAAAGAAAAAGUGUUGCUGAUAGUGUAUGACUAUUUUGUAAAGGUGUAUACCUUCUGGACAACACCGAUUGCAGCUUGUAAAGGUGUUAAGUUCUCAUAUGGAAGCUGACAUUAGUGACAAAAUAUAGAAGAUGUUGGUUUUGGAGUCUGUGCAAUCAUAUACUAAGAGAAAUGAAGAUAAACAAAAAUAAAUCUCAAUA